ACUUCUGAGAAUGAGAAGCAUAGAAGAAAAGGUCAUUUGAAAGAUUUGAAUAGAACAAUCAAGCCAAAUUCGACACAAUCCCUGCGUAAACGCACAACAUUCAAUUUUGGUCGACGGCGCUUUCCGUCCUUUCUUACGCGAUGACGUCACACAUCCAACAUGGCUGUGGCCGUGCUGUCGAAGAAGUCGCACUUGACAUAAAAGUCAUCUACAUACUUACUUACAUCGACCGGGAUUCUUUGGCGUGAAUGAUUUUUUUUUUUUUAAAUAAUACACGUGUUAAACUACAAGAUGAGCUUAGCGCGAAUGUGCGUAGCACUUUGUCCGUCCAGGUGCAUGAUUAGUGCGCAGCUAAGAGGCGCAUUGCUGCACAGUUGGUCAAAGUGUGCAUCCAGCAGGGUUCUACCAGGCUCAUCAUUGCUGCACAGUUGGUCAAAGUGUGCGUCCAGCAGGGUUCUACCAGGCUCAUCAUUGCUGCACAGUUGGUCAAAGUGUGCGUCCAGCAGGGUUCUACGAGCCUCAUCCCGCCCUGGCCUCUCCAUCUCCACGCAACCCCCCAGAGAUGUCCCCCUGUUCGAGCACGACAGGACACGCUUCUCCCGCCUCUUGUCCCUCUUCUGCGGGGGCCAGUGCCUCUUCUGGACGUACCUGGCCCACCUGGCCUACACCGGCCUCAGGGACACGCAGGGCCGAGGCCGCAGCACCGCCCUGGCGGGGGUGUGGAGCUUUGACGUCAACCUGGGCUCCAGCGCCUGGAAGUACGGCUUCACGCUGGGAUGCACGACGGUGGGAGCGGCCAUCGUGGGCCUGGGAUUCCUCUUCUGUCGGCGCUCGGUCAGCCGGGUGGUGUUGCACCAAGGCGGCAGGAUGGUGUCCGUUUUUACGCAGUCGCCUCUGGGGAUGGGCCGCGGGCGUAAAAUAACGGUAGCGCUGUCCCAGGUCAGCUGCCAUGCUCACAGGCAGGAGUCUCCAUCCUUCAUCCCCCUCAAGGUUAAAGGACACAAGUUCUACUUUCUCUUGGACAAAGAUGGCACACUCAACUAUCCCAAACUGUUUGACACAACCGUUGGAGUGUACCGUCCCUUUUGAUUUGCCUUUUUCGUCCAUUGCACCGGUCCCCUCCGAGGUUUCUCAUUGUCCCAUCGGGUUGAGUUUUUCCUUGCCCUGAUGUGGGAUCUGAGCCGAGGAUGUCGUUGUGGCUUGUGCAGCCCUUUGAGACACUGGUGAUUUAGGGCUAUAUAAGUAAACAUUGAUUUGAUUUGGCUUUUUGUUUUGUUUUACCAGCCUUGAGUCAAACUAUUAUGUGUGACAGCCUACAAAUAAAAACUACUUGCCAAAGUUCCUCAAAAA